GUUACAGCUGUUGUACUGCAGUGGGUCCCUCACUGUACGGGUUGUCAUCACCCCCAACGGCGUCUGGAAGGCUUCUACCUAGUAGAACUGCCUACGAUACAUAACCUCAACUUCUACCCAAACAUGUCUCUAGUAUCUGGUCCCGGUCACGCCGGUCCAUCCUCUCUUCCAGAUGAACUCCAACUCGCAAUCGAACCGCAUGUAAAAUACAUCCAAAGCCUCGAUUCGGUAUGACCCUUCAGUUGGAUUCUACCCCACUACCACUGAAAUACCGCAGCGCAGGGAUGAGCUCGAACACUGGCUCACAGAGCACCUUCGACUAAACGGUCUCUAUUGGGGACUCACUGCUCUUCACCUCCUCGGUCGACCUGAUGCCCUUCCUCGAAACGAAACCAUCGACUUUGUGCUGAGCUGCCAGAGCGAGAAUGGAGGCUUUGGGGCGGCGCCCGGACAUGAUGCGCAUUUACUGUAUACGUGCAGUGCCGUGCAGAUUCUUGCCAUGGUCGAUGGUUUCGGAGAGUUGGAAUCUAGGGGCAAGGGAGAGGGAGGUGGGAAGCUGGCGGUUGGGAAAUGUGGGUGACCUUUCAUGUUCUUGUGCUGAGCGCAUACUGAUUGCUUUCCCGAUAGAUAUUGCGAACCUCCAGAAUCGAAGUACAGGAACAUUUGCAGGUGAUGAGUGGGGCGAGGAAGACACAAGGUUUCUGUAUGCGUCCCUCAACGGACUGUCUUUGCUAAAGAUGCUGGACUUGGUUGAUGUUAAUCGCGCCGUGGAAUAUAUCGUUUCAUGUGCAAAUUUCGAUGGUGGAUAUGGUUCAACUCCAGGCGCCGAAUCACACUCUGGUCAGAUAUUUACCUGUCUUGGGGCAUUAAGCAUUGCCAAAAGAAUUGAUGUGGUGAACGUCGAUAAGCUUGGUCGAUGGCUGAGCGAGAGACAGGUUCCAGCAGGAGGGCUGAAUGGCCGUCCAGAGAAGCUGGAGGAUGUCUGCUACAGUUGGUGGGUUUCUAGUAGUCUGGCGAUGAUUGGAAAGCUACACUGGAUUGAUGGGAGCAAGCUGACGGAAUUCAUUCUAAAGUGCCAGGUUUGUGUUGAAAUUUUACAAUUGGUGGGAAGCGCUGACAAGAAACUCCAGGACCCAGAGAGAGGUGGCAUUGCUGAUAGACCAGGUGAUAUGGUUGAUGUGUUCCAUACAGUGUUUGGAAUUGCUGGACUCUCAUUACUUGGCUACCCAGGACUGGAGGACGUUGAUCCUGUCUAG